AUGAAUGUUGAAAUCGUAAAAUACUUACUGGAACAACAGCAACAUAUUUAUAAUGAAUUAUCUGAUCACAAUGAAAUAGAUAUUAUAAAAAAAUAUGGUAGCUACGCUAAACGCUACACAAUUGCAUUGAUAUCACUUGCCCUAUUUGUAACAUCUAUUUUAUUUUUCUACCAAUUUUGGCCGCUUAUAUUCGAUAUUUUGUUCCCCAUAAAUGAGACUCGAUCUCAUUUAUCAUUAUUUUUUAUAACCGAAUACUUCGUCGAUCAAGAGAAAUAUUACUAUUUAAUUUUGAUACAUAUAAAUGCGGCCAGUUUCAUAGGAAUAAUUGCAAUGGUAGCAACAGGAACAAUGAUCAAUGUUUAUCAACAACUUGCGUGUGGAAUGUUUCGAAUUGCUAGUUAUCGUAUCAAACGAGCAAUGGCAAUCGACAUGGUGUAUGAGAAUAACUUAAAGAAGAAAAUAUUGGUCCAUAAGAGAUUAAUCUGUGGCGUUGAUAUGCAUCGUAAAGCUAUGAAGUUGGUACUUAAUAAUAAGUUAUUUAUUUAAAAUAAUUAUGAAAUGAAUAAAAAAUAUCUUUUCCUUUCGUUAAAGAUUUUCUGAUUUAUCAGUAUCCAAAUUUAAAGGAAUGUUCUUCCUUAUGAUAGUAGCCGGAAUGAUGUGUACAGCUAUUAAUUAUUUUCGGGUAAGUUAUAUUGUAAACUUAUUUGUA